UAUAAGUAUAUAUUUACGUACAUAUACAUAUGCAUUGCUAAAGUUGCACUUAAUAUUUAUGAACAAAAUUUUAUAUAAUAUAUAUAAAUGCGCUAUCGAUAAUACAGAGCUAACAGAAAUAACUUAAUUUUAAUGGCAACUCAAAUUGUUAGGUUAAGGUUAAAGGACCUAUAAGUUUGGCGGGAGAUGCUGAAUAAAAUUCAUUACGUUAAAAACGCUAGUGGUUUGCAGUUUUAAAAAAAACAUUUCAAUGAAGAUUGUUUAUUUAGUAAAAUGAAAAAAUGGAUUCUAUAUAUUACUUGCUGUGUAAUUUUAUAUCGAUCUUCAUUACAAUUCUUUUAAUAUUUGUCACGUGUAUUGUUGUCUUCCUAAGACUAAAAUUAAGAUGGCCUAAAAAAGUAAAUUGCUGGUUUUGUCAUAAUAACACAAAAGUGAGACGAGAACAGAUCAAUUGGUGGUUAUGUCCAUCCUGUGAACAGUACAAUGGAUUUUCCAAGGAUGGAAAUUAUAUGUAUGAUAUACCAGAGCAAUAUAAAGUUUCUACCAAUAACUCUACAAAAUAUUGUAGUAGUAAACCUGAAACAGUACCGUUCUCAAAGAAUACAUUUUGUAAGAAAUGCAAUAAAAAUCAGAAAGUUAAAUUAAUAGAACUUUCAAAUUUUGAGCCAACCAAUGAAAAAAAAUAUGAUGAAGAAAUUAAACAAUUUAAAAAUUCUUUAGAAUUAAAAUAUCCACUUUGUACAAAUUGUAAUGGCAUAGUACAAAAUGUAUUGGCUAAACAGAAAAUGUGGCUUGAUCAUUAUAAAAUGAUGUUUUUUAAACGUAAACCUUUACAUAAAUUUAUUACUAAUGCAAAACAAUUCGAAGGAUUUUUCAGAGUAAUUUCAACUAUUUUUGAUUCAGUUAUUGUAUAUAAUAAUGAAUUUUUAUUGUUACCUAUCGGAGGAUUAAUUUUUCAAUUAUGUGCGUGCUGGGCUGGAGCAGCAAAGAGAAGAAAUUCUGAUAUUUUAUUGUCGAUUUUAUGGAUUUGUAUAAUUAUACUUACAUCUUUUAAAGAAUAUAAAUUACUCAAAACAGAUCUUCACAACGAUUGGUUUUCUCUCGAAUAUGUAACUCAAUACCAUGCGGUCAUUUGCUUUGCAUUAAUAAUAGGCUUUAUGAAUAUUACACCCAAAUCGAAUAUUAAAGUAAGGGAAGAUCACUUUAAGAAAAUAGAAACAAAUGUAAAAAAUUCUGAAGCACAAAUAUUUCCUGAAAUCGAAAUAACAAAUAGUACACAGAAGCUUGUUAAACAAGUAGAUACAGAUUUAAAUGAAACUGCCAAUUCUUCAGUGAACAUGACCAAAUAUUUAAUGACUCCUGUUUCUGUUGAUAUUCCUGAUCCUAUUGGUACAACACUAUCAACAACUGGUCCAGAAUUAUCUAAAUUAUCUAAAUUAUCGACAUUAACGAACAAUUUAGAUAUUCGUUCUACUUUACAAUUCAAAAAUAAUCAAUUAGAUAAUUCUGAAUUAGACGAUAGCAUGAGUACACUCAGUAUAUUUUCAUCAGAUGAUAAUAUACAGAAAUGCCAAAAAAGAACACCUAAGAUAUUUGAAAAGAAAAUCUAUAGUACAGUUAGUCCUGAUCUAUUUAAAAAAUCAAAUAAUAUAUUGAGCAAAAGGAAUAUUUUAUCACCGCCUAAAUUAAGAUCAGUAACACAAACAUCGUGGGUUGCUGGUGGAUAUUGGCAAGAAGGCAUGGAUACCCCAUCAUUAUCAAGAUCAUCCAGUCAAAGUUCUGGUUUUGGUUCAGUCGGUUCUAACUGUGCUCCUUCUAGAGAACCCUCCAUUCACGAAUUGGAUCAAUGUUCUAUUAUUUCGGACGCAUCAUUGUCAUAUUAUGGUCAAAAGCAAAACACUGUAAAAUCAGUUAAACGUUUUUGUCAACCUAUACAAUCGUAUUCUUUUAUAAAACCGAAAAAUCCAACGUGCCAUCAAACAUUGAAAUUCUCGCAAAAUCAUUUGUUACCUCAGCAAAUCUUAACGCCACAUUUUACAAAGAACAAUGCUAAUUAUGAUGAGUGUUGUUUGCAACAGUCAAAAAUCUGCACAGAUGAUAUGGAAAAUUUAAUGAACACACAACAAAUAAUUCAUCAACCUUAUAAAACAGUAUCAAAUAAUACUUUUUGGUUACAUGCGUUGUUGUGUGGCUCGCUUUUAUUAAAUAUUCUGGCAGUUUGUACAACUUUGUUGCGUUAAGAAAAUAUCGUUAGUAUCAUUAGUAAGAGAUCGAUUUUUAUUUUUUGUCAAUAAUUUUUUUUUCCACUAUUUACCGUUACCACAGAACGUAAUUUAUCUAUUCGCUAUCAAUAGAUAGCGUAGCAUAUACUGCCAAUAUAUCAUAACAUAUUAAUAAAAGCCUGAUAAUUAUCUAAAUAAGCAUUUAAGAAAUGUCUUCGUACAAAGUAAAACUUUGUACAUGUAAUUAGAGUAUUGUUUUUAUACAUCAUAUGAUAUUUACGUAUUUGAUAUACAAAUAAUUUUGAUGCAUCUGUAAAUCAUGAAAUUUGUGAUAUGAUGAAAGGAAGAAAAAAAGAAUAUAAUGUGUUCAAUCAAGAUAUUAUAAUUAAAAAAAAUUAUUAUAUUUACUUUUUACUACUCUAUAAGGAUUUCCUACUUUUUUUAUUCUUAUCGAUAUUGACUUAUGUUUUGUGUGUUUACAUAAUGCUUACAAAAAAAAAAAUUUAUUUUGUGCAGUUACACAAGUUCAUUGUUAAUAAUAAUUAAUAUA